ACGUGGCCUUCUCCCUCUCCUCCCCUCGCUUCCUUAUCUCUCUCCCCACGCUCUCACUCUCCACCGCGCGCGCCCAUGGCGUUGUUGUUGCCCUCCUCUCCUUCUCCGUCUCCUCCUUUCUCCCCCUCGCCCCUUGCAAGGCCCCGCCGAACCCUAGAAACUCCUCUCGCGAUCUCCCGAUCCCCCCCGUCCCCCGCCCUUUUCGCCCAAACCCCUCAGUGGGGGCCGAGGGAGCGAGUUUCGCCGUUGUUGGCGGCGGCGCCGCAGGAGUCGAAGUGGAGGACUAGGGUUUCCUUCUUCCCCUCCUUCAUCAAGAAGAGAGGCAAGAGCCGGGAGGAGCUCAAGGAGGAGCUCCUCGCCGCCAUCGCCCCCCUCGAUCGCGGCGCCGACGCCGGUCCCGAGGACCAAGAGAGCGUCGAUCGGGUACACAUUGCAAGUGAACUUGAGGCAAUUAAUCCGGUUAAGGAGCCACUCAAGUCAGAUUUGCUUAAUGGAAAAUGGGAGCUUCUAUAUACAACUUCUAGGUCCAUUUUACAAACUCAGAGGCCAAAGUUUUUACGACCGAAUGGGAAAAUAUACCAGGCCAUCAACACGGACACAUUAAGGGCUCAAAAUAUGGAAACCUGGCCUUACUUUAACCAGGUCACAGCAAACCUGGUUCCUCUUAAUGAAAGAAGGGUGGCAGUCAGAUUUGAUACUUUCAAAAUUUUUGGUUUGAUACCUAUAAAGGCACCGGAAGGAGGUCGUGGUGAGCUAGAAAUCACUUACUUAGACGAAGAGAUUCGGAUAUCGAGGGGCGACAAGGGAAAUUUGUUUAUACUGAAGAUGGUUGAUCCGACAUACAGAGUCCCGGUAUAAUGGCACAGUUUCAUUCGUAGGGUAACUUUUAUUCCUUACACAUGCUUUCUGUUCUUUAUGUUUUGUGAAUAUUAUCUUCUUAUUUGAUUGAAGAUAAUGAAUGAAUGUGGAUAAAAGUGAGGUCCAAUAUUUUUGUAACAUCUCUACAAACAAUAUAUAAAGUCAACAAUUUGGGCUUCUGUCCAAGAAAAUAUAUUGAAGGUAUUGAAUGAAUAUGUUUUAUGAACAU